AUGAAGAUAAAUCUUCUACUGAGCCUAGGGCUGGUCCUAGUCUCUACUGUCCAUACCUGCCAGGCUGCAUCUGAUAAAAAUGCAAUAGAUGAUAUGCAACAGUUUUCAGGAAAGUGGUUUUCCAUUUACUUGGCUUCAAGUAUACAGAAGCGGAUAGAGGAUGGAGGUGACAUGAAGCUUUCCAUAAAAAGUAUCGCAGUGCGUGAGCACGUUGUCCUAUUUGACAUGUAUCUCUUGAAAGAUGGGAAAUGUAUCCAACAUUUAUUGGUUGCUAAUAAAACAGAAAAAAAUAAUGUGCUAAAAUUGGAUUAUGAAGGAAAAAAUACUGUCCAUGUGGAGAAAGCUGAUGCACAGAAAUAUAUUAUCUUUUCUACACAUAACAUUCAAAAUGGGACAGAGACUGUGGUGCUGGAGCUCUACGGCCGGACCGAAGUUGUAAAAGAAAAUAUCAAAAAAUUCUUUAAGAACCUUUGCCAAAAAUAUGGAAUCAAUAAGGAUGAUAUCAUUGACAUGACCAAAGAUAAUGAAUGCAAUAAAGACAGAGAAUAG